GACAUUUCUCUCUUUACAGGAUUGCCUGUCGAGAUGGAAUCCGACGCGAGGUUUGCUCACCUUCUUCAACCCAUUAGGGAUCUAGCGAAGAACUGGGAGGUUGACAUUGCAUCACAUCUAGAGGAUUAUGUUGCUGAGAUGGAGGUGAUUGUAAUCAGCUUCGAUGGCGGUUCUACCACAAUGAACUUUGCGGAGGCAGCGCUUCUAAUUCAGGGUUCAGCCUGUAUCUACAGCAAGAAAGUGGAAUAUCUCUAUGCCCUGGUCUACCAAACCUUAGAUCUGCUUGCUAGUAAAAAGAAAAUGCAGCAGGCGUGUUCAGUUGAUGCUGAAGGAAAAGAUACAGAUGCAUCGUUUGCAUUUAAAAAGAAUGAAAUCGAGUUUUUAUCAUUAGAUGAUCUUCCGGUAGCAAAGAACAUUGACCUAAAGGAAGAAAAUGACCGCAAUCACAACUUGACUGGACAUCUUCUAGCUCAAACACCUUUAUCGUUGCUCAAAGUGGAAGGAGCUGAUCGAGGAAUACCAUUGACAAACCGUAAGGGAGAGACCGUAGGCUACAAGGGAGACUUCCGUAUCAACAGUUCGAUGUUUCACUCGUCCAGAGCGCUCCUCAUCGACCCGUCUCAUCUAUCUCUAUUAGAACAAUCUAUGAUGAGACAUCCUGCCUCAACCCCAGCUAACUUCAUCCUUAAUGCUCCAUUCAGUCCUGUGAAGAAUGAUAACGUCAUACCUGAUAUCCCAGAUGACAUAGCGGAUGACAUUCCUAAGCAUGAUAUGAGUGCUGAUGAUGUUGAGAUGGGACUGCCCUUCGAUGAUCUGAUCGAUGAUGACGAUCAACAACCAAUGCAGGUGGAGGAGAAGAGAGCGUUGAGGGCAAGGGUCGUUGCCCCCAUUAAACCAAUCAAAGAGUUUGUUGACCCCUGGGAACCACUCGAUCCUCAUGACACUAAAGGAGCUGUAUUAAAACCAUUCAAGAAAGGAAAGAGUUUCAAGCUUCCAUCGGCGAUGUCCAAGAACGCUGGGAAGGGUCGGAAAAGGAAGAAGCAGCCAGUCCAAGAAAAGACUGAACUCUGUCCCCUUGUAGAAUUCAUCAACAGAGCUUAUUUCUCCCAUGCAUCAAAGCUUCCGAGCAACCCUUUGAAGCUACCAUACCAUGAAGAGUUUGAAUACCUCUACUACACUGAAUAUAAAAAACAACUGGACACGAGCAGGAGAGAGAAAAGGAGACUGGCUCAACAAGGAAAGUUCGAAGAGCUUGCUAAGAGAGAGCAGGAAGAAGCGGAAGAGGAUGAUGAUUACCAUGGCAACGAUGUAGUCAACGAUGAUGGAGGAGAUAACUUUGGUUUCGAUGGACCUGAGGAUGUGUUUGAAGAGGACAUUGAUCAAGAAGAUAGGUUACAGCAACCUGUGGACGACCAUUUAGCGAGCAGUCAGGAUGCGAUGAUAACCAGCUACGAGGAGCUUGUCAGAAAGCAUGUGGAAGCCUACCUCGCCAGUGCCUCGGAGUAUGCCCAGAUGACAGAAUUAUCAAAGAGAGUACAACAAUGGGAAGAUAGGAUAACGCCCGUCUUGGCAAGAGAAGAAAAGUUUGCCUACUUCGACAUCAAUGAAUAUGGCAAGUUUGUCUUGGAGAAAUUAGACAAUAUCCAGAAGGCAUCGCAGAAGAAAGAAAAGGUCACGACCUUUGCGGAGGUCAUGGAAGAUCGUCAGAUUCACGAAGUCAGCCGAUACUUCCUCGCAACGCUUCAGCUGGCCAAUAAUUACAACGUUGAGGUGUCGAGUAAAGGUCCCGGCCAGGAAGGCAUGGAUACGAUGGCCCUCAGACUGCUCAAUAUGAAACAACAUCACGAGAACAUGGCGGAGUAUAGGGCGCCCUCUGUAGACGAUAACAAGCAUUGAUCAUUGAAUGAACAUCAAAAGGGGACAGUACUACCAACCUUGUCUAUAUUGGUUUAUCUGUGAAAAGCGUUCGUCCGGGCCCCGUCUUCCAAAGAGUUACGAUUGAUCCAAUCAACCACAACUAUGGAAAGCCAGCAAUGUCAACAUCUAAAAUACACGGUUGUUAAAAAUAUUUUUUUGAUAUGAUGUAAAUUCGUAUAUUCCCUGUUUUCUUGACAGUUCAGUAUGCUACUCUUUGUUUUCAAAGGACAUUGUGCAAAUUUCCUGAAGAACAAAAUCUAUGUCAUGGAUGGAUUUCCAUGUACUGGAGGUUGAUUUGAUCAAUCAGAACUCUUUGUAAAAUUGUAACUAUAGAAAUACAUCAGUGUCAUAAUUUUUUUCUACGAAAAAUUUGCACAAUGUCUUGUGUAUGCAAAGAAAAGCACAGUGAAUUUUCAAGAAAACAAUGAAUGCAUGAAUAUCCAUCAUAGCUAGAAAAUAUUUUGAACAAACAUGCAUAACAGGUGUUGACGUUUGUGAUAGUUGUGAUUGAUCGGAUCUAUAGUAACUCUUUGGAAGACAGGGCCCUGGCCAAGAUCCUGGUGGAUCAAUUGGCUUAUUUUCAAUUGGUCUAAUGCCAAUUAGUCCAAUUACUAAGAACUUGGUCUGCCAUCAGUUUGUCCACUAUCCAUGUGGUCUAAGUGCUAUUUCGUCCAACCACCAUUUUGUCCAAUUAUCAGUUGGUCCAAUAGCCAUCUAGUCCAUAUACCAUUUGGUCUGAUUUCACUAAGUGUUAAUUUGGCAAAUUGAAAGAAAAUCAAAUGGAUAUUAGACCAACUGGUUAUGAGCCGAAACACUCACAGACGAAUUGGUGAUUAGACGAAGUGAUGAUUGGACCAAAUGGUUGUUAGACGGAGCGUUGAUGGACGGAUUGGCAUUAGACUAAAUGAAGGUAGACCAUGUGGUGAGUGGACGAGUUGGCAGUUUAUCGAUCAAUUCAGGACAGGAUGUGACUCUUGUGUUUCGGCUCAACCAGGGCCCUGUCUUACAAAGAGCUAUGAUUGAUCCGAUCAACCUCACGUAUAUAUGGAAAUCCAUUAAUGUCAUAAUUUUUCUGCAGGAAAAUUUGCACAAUAUCCUUUGUAAACAAGGAUAAGCACCCUGAAUUUUCAAGAGAAACUGUAAAUUUAUGAAGGGACUUCACGUCUGGAAAAUAUAUUGAACAAACAUGCUUUUUAGAUGAUAACUUAUUGUUUGUCCGAUAUCGUUCAAACUUUCACCUCUUGAACGUGCCUGAUUUUCCUUUUUUCCUCUAAAAGCAAGUUUUUAUUUGGGUUGGAUUCCCCUUUAAACAAUUAAUUCUACCUUUCAGCUCACGUUAACUCAUAGUGAUGCUGUGAAGGGGCACCUCUGUGAUUCUUCCUAAAUGCUAUCAAUUACAUAUCGAAUAUGAAAAAAAAAAUUAUUCCACUCCCAGUACAUUACCAAUUGAUGCCUUGUUUUCUGAAUAAAAACCAUGUAAAGAUAAAUGCCAGUUGUGGUAAUAAUCUUAAAAUGACUUUUUACAGAAUCCAAUAUAAUGACCACCCAAGUGCCUGUUUGUAUGAAGAAAAAAUAUGUGCCAAAGGAGUCUGGAAGAAAUUGUGUAAUUGCUGAGAAAUAAGCAAAAUAAGCGCGGAUUCCGGCACUUUAUUCCAGCAAUGAUAAUAUACACUGUUCCACGUGUGCCUAUCCGUGUUCGCGAUCUUCAGUGUGAUCGUUUUUCAGUUUAGAUUUUAUGAUUUCACAAAGUUCAGUUUAUGUAACUGAACCAGAUCUAGAUCCACGAUGAUAUAGUAAUACUUAACCUUGGUUUUGAAGACUUUCUCAUGAAAUCAGUGUUUUACUGCAACUACUUUCAUUUAGCUUUAACAUGAGGUAAUUAUUACACACUCCAAAUUGGCAACGCAUUUGAAAUGUAUUCGUUUUUCAAUAGCUGUAUAAAAAUGCAAAUUGGCAACACUGAUUUUGCUUUGAUUAAAACCAACUUAUCAGGAUGAACUUCCCCUUAAACCAUAAUAGGGAAUAUAUAGUUAUAUAGUUAUAUGGAUUUGCAUAUGCACAAUAUGUUGACUUUUGUUCUACUUAUACACACAUGUAUUUCAGUAUGUCUGUAUGUCCUGCAGGAUGCUUGUCUCUUUGAACAUAUUUUCUUCCUUGUUUCUCAUUGUUUGUAUUUAUUAUAUGUAUGUAUUUGUUACUUGUAUGCAGGGCCCCCAAGAAAAACAGUGCUUAGUCCAGUGAUGGGGUUACCCUGGGUAAACAAAACGAAAUAAAUAAAUAAAUAAAUAGAAUCGGGUUAUUUGAACCAAUCCCAGGGUCUUAUAUUAGGUCUUGUCCUUUGACUGCUCGUUUCAAUUGGCUUGCAUGCCGUCUAAUUAUUCAAGAAUGUCAGGUACAUUGGCUUUUUAAUGAUAUAUAUUUAUUAAAUUGUAUUCUUUAUUUAGAAUCUCUUGAAUAUGUAAAGAUCAUGUACAAGUAAGUAUAUAAAACUUGUGCAACUACAUGUAUAUUGAAAUGAAAGUGUACAGCUGUAAAGACUAACUUGUAGAAAGCAACAUGACUACUGAAUUCUGUAAUUGCCAUAAGCAUGGCAUUUUAGCCAGUUGUUGGGUCUUUGCCAAACAAUAAUACACUGUCCCACAUAUGCUUAUCAGUGUUGCCGAUCUGCCGUGUAAUUUUUUUUUUUUCAGUGUAGAAUUUAUGAUUCCACAUGCAGCUACAUGUACAUUAAUUUUGCUCUAAUGAUGCCUUCUUUAAUAAAGACUAAUAGCUUCAUGCUUCAUCUUUUAUUUCACAUUUCUAAAUAGGCCCUAGAGCAUAUCGGCGUAUAUACUCUAAAGGUUAAUUACUUUCAGUUUCAAAAGGAUGUUUUUGUGCUUUGACGAAACAGGGAGUGUUAAAUGUUUAUUUUAUUAGUUUGCUUUCUAAACCUCCCUCAUGUGAAGCAUUAUAAAUGUGAUAUCAUUAUACUUGAAGAAGUUGGUGAUUACAUUUCAAGUUUUUAUAUUUCUCUUUUGUCGUCAGGCACCGUUGAUAAUGAAUGGUGAAAAUACUUGUCCUA